AUGGCGGUCACACCAGGUGGAAGUAGCGAGGGUGGGGGUGAGGCGAGUGGAAGUGCGGGGGAGAGAGCCGCUUCACAUCCCUGUUUGCUUUCUCUACUUGCUCCCUGGUCCCUGAAUUUCCAUCUCGAACACCCCACCCGCCCCACCACCCCAGCCGCACUUGUACACGCUGGUGGUGACGCUGGCAGAUGCCUCGGGGCGGCCACAGCAGGUGGAGGCAGCGAGGGUGGGGGUGAGGCGGGUGGAGGUGCUGGGCUUAUAGCUGCUUCACAUCCCUGUUCAUUUCUUCUCCUUUCUCCCUGGUCCCUGGCCCAACCCACUUCUCUUCGCUUCCUUGCUCCCCCUCCCUCCCCAGCCGCACCUGUACACUUUAGUGGUGACGCUGGCAGAUGCGUCUGGGCGGCCACAGCAGGUGGAGGCAGCAAGGGUGGGGGUGAGGCGGGUGGAGGUGCGGGGGAGAGAGAGAGCUGUUUCACAUCCCUGUUCUCUUUCUUCUCGUGGUCCCUGAACUGCCCGAACCCCCUCCCGCUCCCCUUCCAGCCGCACCUGUACACUUUAGUGGUGACGCUGGCAGAUGCCUCGGGGCGGCCACAGCAGGUGGAGGCAGCGAGGGUGGGGGUGAGGCGGGUGGAGGUGCGGGGGAGAGAGCUGCUGGUGAAUGGGAAGGCGGUGGAGGUGAAAGGGGUGAACCGGCACGAGCACCAUCCGCAGACCGGGAAGGUCAACAUCGAGGAGUGCAUGGUCAAGGAUGUGGUGGAGAUGAAGAGGCAUAACGUGAAUGCAGUGCGAUGCAGCCACUACCCCAACCACUCCCGCUGGUACGAGCUGACAGACCUCUUUGGUCUCUUAGUGAUAGACGAGGCCAGCAUUGAGACGCACAGGUACGAGCUGACCGAUCUCUUCGGCCUGCUUGUGAUAGACGAGGCCAACAUCGAGACGCAUGGGUUCGACCCAGACAACCAUCUCAACCGGAAGGGGCGGCAGCCGGCCGAGGACCCCGAGUGGGCGGCAGCAGCGAGACACAUGAAUCCAACCCUAUCCCUUCCCUCUUUCCCUUACUUCUCAUCUGUCUUCUCCCUCUCCUUUCUCACAUGUCUCCUCCCCUGUCCCACCCAGGGGGGCGGCUCGCGCACCACUGCCACGGACCUAGUGUGUCCCAUGUACAUGCGCGUGCCUGACAUCAAGGCCAUUGCUCAAGACCCCAAGGAGACCCGCCCUCUCAUCCUCUGCGAGUACGCCCACGCCAUGGGCAACAGCAGUGGUAACCUGGACGCGUAUUGGGAUGUCAUCGAGUCGACCCACGGGCUACAGGGAGGCUUUAUCUGGGACUGGGUGGAUCAGGCCCUUUGGAAGGACAUGGCUCCACGCAGCGGCACGCAGAUCAACAAAACUACCAGCAGUGGUACCAGCAAUGGUAUCAGUGGCGCUGCAACAGCAAGUCCUGACAGUGAAGCUAAUGCCAAAGAUGCAGCAGAAUCACCUGGUGGUUCUUCUUCUGUUGGUGCUGCGGAGGAAAUGGCAAACUUUGGGGACACACCCAAUGACCUUAACUUCUGCAUCAAUGGGCUCGUGUGGCCCGAUAGGACUCCCCACCCUGCCAUGCGCGAGCUGGCCCACGUGUAUCGCUACUUUGGCUUUAAGUGGACGGAGCAGGGUGAUGUUGAGUGCCACGUCAUCCCCAGCCCCAUCCCUGCUGACCUGGACUGGGCGGCACAUGAUGUCAGCGCUGACUCAGAGCUCUUUGCACUGUUCACUGCUACAGUGAACGAGAGAUCAAGGUGGUGCGCUCCCGGGCAGGUUGUCGCAUCUGUUCAGCUGCCCUUCAAGCUGCCCGAAGGGGCUACCACCUCAACCGUUUCCGAGCCUUCCGCCAAGGCUGCAAUUUCUGAACCUGCGCUCUCCGAGCCUCCUCUACCCAUCAGCCAAUCAUCUGUUCUUGUCACAUCCACUGAUGGCUCGUUCGCAGUCACUGUUCAUGUCAAGACCGGUGGUGCACUUUCCUGGAAGAUCAACGGUUCAGAUGUGCUGCUCCCCCCAUCUGUCACUGGCCAAUGGCUCGCUCUGUGGAGGGCACCCACUGACAACGACAAGGGAGGCGGUGCCGCCAGCUAUGCUGCCCGAUGGAAGGCUGCAGGUCUCAGCACCCUCGCUGCUGCUGACGCUGGGGGAGUGAUUUCCCUAGUGGGGGAUGCUAUGGUGGUGCCUGGAGUGGGGGUUGAAGGAGAGCGUGAGAAGGGAGAGAGAGGGGUUGAAACAGGGACAGGCAAAGAGGGGAUGGGCGAAGAAGGGAAGGGCGGAGAGGGGAAGGGCAAAGAGGGACAGCAAGGAGAGGGCGAUGAUGAGCCCUUGAAAGUUUUGAUUGGAAAGGAUGGAACGGUUUCUGUGGUUGUAGAGGCAACUUUCCGACCCCGGGCAGAUGAAAUUUCUGAGGAGGGAGCUGUGGAGGCUGGUGCUGCCCCAACCAAUCUGGUCGAGGCUUAUGGAGGGGCGGAAGCUGAAGCAUCUGCCAGCGCCGGGCAGGCAAAAAAUAUUUCUGACGUGGACUGCUGGGUCCGGCUCAAGUCAGAAUGGCAGAUCCAUGGCAACGGGCAGGUUGUCGUAAAAUUCUGGAUGGACCCAAGCCCUGCUCUUCCACCUCUACCUCGCGUCGGAAUGCGGUUCCGGGCAGCAAAAAAACUCUCCAAUGCAGUCUGGUCCGGGCGGGGCCCGCACGAAUGUUAUCCUGACCGGAAGCAGUCUGCACACGUGGCGCUUCACUAUUUGCCGGUGAAAUCCCUCCACGUGCCGUACAUUGCUCCUGGGGAAAACGGGGCGAGAGUCGACACACGAUGGGUCACACUCUUUAUAAACAGGAGUGGGAACACACAGGAGGGGGAACAACAGGGGUCAGUGGGGGAACCACAGGAGGGAGUCGAUGGCGGUUCACAGCCAGAAGCACAGGGGGGAGCACAGGUGGAAGCACAGAGGGAGGAGAGAAAGGAGCCGGAUGGGGAAAAGGGGAGGGAGGUAUUCCAGAAGGUUCCGCUGGUAGGGCUUGUUAUGGAGCCAGUGGAAAUAGAUGGAGGGGUGGAAGGUGGGGGAGGGGGUGAGGAGAUUGGGGAGGGAGGGAGGCCAGUGCUGCACUUCAGUGCGAGUGGGUAUGCUGCAGAGGAGCUGCAUCGGGCGCAGCAUGAGGAGGAAUUGGUGGAAGACGAGGAGUUCAACCAUGUGCAUCUCGAUCAUGCCAUCAUGGGUGUGGGUGGCGAUGACAGCUGGACUCCAUCGGUGCACAAGGAGUUUCUGUUGCCGCCCCGCCCAUACGCAUUUGGAGUGGCUUUCCGGCCCCUCAUUGGGCAAGGGGAGUGA